ACCCCGCCUCCAACCUCCGGUGCACCUGAGGUCCGGGCGGCCUUGGAAGAAGCUACGGGUGAACUCCUGCAUCUCAUUCUCCCGAGCCAUUUUGCUCCACCUGAUAUUGGCGGCUCCCGCCUUUUUUCUUCUCGGCCUCCGUCCACGCGUUUGACAGGAGCUUUCGCACGCGCAGUAUCGUGGCGCCGUGAGGUGGAGGACCGUUGAGUAUCCGUUACGGGCCGCUUGGACCCAGAACUUUACGAGACAAAACUUGCCUUCCCCGAGCAGUUGGAGAGUCUCGCGGUUCCUUCCUUUUCUUAGAACGAAUCUCUUUUGAAGGAGAAUUCUCGUUAGAAACCGAUUGGGAACCGGCUACACCUUUGGAUGUAACAAUCAACCCGCGACGCUGCCUCCGUUCGUGGUCACGGGCAGCAACUAGGCAUCUGUGAUUUUGAAAGACGGAAGGAAAAGGGCGUCCUCGCCAGGAGACUAGGAACCCCAGGAGGAAUGUCUUCUCGUGGCUUCAAAUCGCUAAGCACAUUUCGAAUCAGUAAGGGUGCCCUCCAGCGUCCGCCAUCUUUGUGACAUCAUCGCGUCGGCGCGGCGCCAUUUUUAGCGUAUCCCCUGGAAGCAACGUUCCUUUCCCGGUAUUCCCCAGGAGGGUUGCCGGUGUGGUUCCGAUCCCUGGGCGCGGGGCACGCCGGGAGUUGUAGUCCCAGCGGACACAGCCCUGCCGACUCUCCGGAAGUGGAGGUGGGAGAGGCCGGGCUGAGCCGGCUCGGGGUAGCCCGGCUCCCGGCCAGUGCUGGGGCGCUUCUCUCGGGGCGGGUCAUGAACGGGCCGGCUGACGGCGAAGUGGACUACAAGAAGAAAUACCGGAACCUGAAGCGGAAGCUCAAAUUCCUCAUCUACGAACACGAGUGCUUCCAGGAGGAGCUGAGGAAGGCGCAGAGGAAAUUGCUGAAGGUGUCCCGGGACAAGAGUUUCCUCCUAGACCGACUUCUGCAGUACGAGAACGUGGAUGAAGACUCUUCUGACUCAGAUGCCACUGCAUCUUCAGAUAACAGCGAGACAGAGGGGACACCCAAGUUGUCGGACACGCCAGUCCCUAAGAGGAAGAGAAGCCCUCCGCUGGGGGGUGCCCCCUCCCCCACCAGCCUCUCCCUGCCUCCUUCAACAGGGUUUCCCCUUCAGGCCUCUGGGGCCCCCUCCCCAUACCUGAGCUCGCUGGCUUCCCCCACCUACCCCCCAUUCCCUUCUGACUACCUGGCCCUGCAGCUGCCCGAGCCCAGCCCCCUGAGGCCCAAGCGGGAGAAACGGCCCCGCCUGCCCCGGAAACUCAAGAUGGCGGUAGGACCCCCCGACUGCCCCGUGGGAGGGCCGCUGACCUUCCCAGGCCGGGGUUCUGGGGCCGGCGUGGGGGCAGCCCUGGCCCCACUGCCCCCACCCAAGAUGCCUCCCCCUACGAUCCUGAGCGCCGUCCCUCGGCAGAUGUUCAGCGACGCGGGCAGCGGGGACGACGCCCUGGACGGGGAUGACGACCUGGUGAUCGACAUCCCGGAGUGAACCCCUCUGCCCGACCCCCUGCCCAGCGCCCUCUGUGUCAGCACACGUGAGCCCCCAGCUUCCACAGAGACGUUUAUUGACGCCCGGUUGCCAUGCUGUGGCCACUGACACAAUCAGAAAAGGCGUAAACAUGCAUGAAUGUCCCCCGGAAGGUGGGCCCUCUCCAGGGAGGGCAGGGGCCCUGCCUUCACAUCCCAGCCCAAUCCAGGGGACAGUUAUUUAAAUGAGUGGCCAGGAGCAUCUGCCACCUCUCAGAGAGGCAGAGACCCUGCGGUGGCCCCCCACUUAAAAGGGCAGCUGUACAGGGCUCGGUGGUGGUGUUUUUUAAUGAAGAUUCUGCAUUAAAGGAGUGGUUCUUUUUUUGUGUAUCAUUUUCAUCUUUGGAAACUUCCUCCUCCAAACCCCCCCUAAUCCGACCUCCUCCCUGGAGGGGAGGGGGCCGGGCAGCCUGGAGAGGCAGGAGAGAGGAACAGCAGCCGGGUCCUUGGGGCAGGGGCACUGUGGGAUCCCCCCUGCAGGUGCGCUCUGGAUGGGUGGUUUGCAUAUUUGUCUGCUGUAGCGAGUCAGGCAGGAGGAAGUUUGCAUAUGUGAAUAUAGAUCUCCACAGUCCCUCACAAGAAGACAGACCCACAGUCACGGAGACGCUCACGAAACAAGACAAGUAGUGCGGGGUGGGGCCUCCACCCCGUGUAAACGUGCAACACACUCGUGCGAAGGCUGCCUACUGGGCCCAGCCCUAAGGGUCCUGUGCUGGGCAGCCACUGUCCUGCUCAGGCUGAGGGCAGGGCUCCGGCUGCUGGGGGCAACUGGCUGGUCAAGGUGUGCCAGCGCUCCAGGGCUGCGUCCGGCUGCUGCAGACAGUCGCUCCAGUGCUUCCGGGCCUCUCUCCGGGCGCCUGGCCCCAGGGCCACGCCACCUGGGAGCAGUAGAGGCAGGCAAGAUCAGGGCCGGGCUCACUGCCGGGCUGCCCUCCAUCAGCACCACCCAGCAGGCUCCUCCCUCACCGAUGAAGUCGUUGGAUUUGCCAAUGUCAUAGUCCCAGACUGUGACUUCCAGAGUCUUGCUGGCCAGAGUGGAGAGCUCCAUCUCGUAGAAGAACUCCUGGGACAGGGCAAGCGACACCUUCCAUGAGGCGCAGCCCCCACUCCCAGCCCCAGCCCCGCUCGAUUUCUGGCCUCUGCCCCAUUUACCUCAUU